GCACAUGUCAGUGUGGCAGAUGUAAGUGUGAAAACUCUGAAGGGAAUGGUCUAAUCUAUGGUAAAUUUUGUGAAUGUGAUGACAGAGAAUGCAUAGAUGAUGAGACCGAAGAGAUCUGUACAGGCCAUGGAAAGUGUUACUGUGGAAACUGUUACUGUGAGGCUGGUUGGCAUGGAGAUAAAUGUGAAUUCCAGUGUGACAUCACCCCCUGGGAGAUCAAGAGAAGAUGCACAUCUCCAGAUGGCAAAAUCUGCAGCAAUAGAGGCACAUGCGUGUGUGGUGAAUGCACAUGCCAUGAUGUUGACCCAACUGGUGACUGGGGAGAUAUUCAUGGAGAUACCUGUGAGUGUGAUGAAAGGAACUGCAAAGCUGUCUAUGACAGAUAUUCUGAUGACUUCUGUUCAGGUCAUGGACAAUGUAACUGUGGAAGAUGUGACUGUAAAGGAGGAUGGACUGGAAAAAAGUGUGAACAUCCGCGUUCUUGUCCGUUAUCAGUUGAAGAAAGCACUAAGAAAUGCCAAGGAAACUCUAAUUUACCAUGUUUUGGAAGAG